UUUACAGUAAGGUUACCUUUAUACCGAGGCUACCUUCAGUGGCAAGAUGGCGGCCUCCAUCGCCCGUGUUGUCGGGCUACGGACGUUGGCAGUGAGUGCUUCCAGAGCCAGUGGUCUCUUGGCAAGCAAAGUAUAUUUCACUGGAGCAGUUGGACAGCCAAGUCUCCAGUCUUUAGGUGUUCUGUCAGCAAAUACAGGUUCUACUAGAUGCGGGCUUCACACCUCAUCAGUGUUGAUGUGGGACAAGAGGAAGAAUGCUUUUGGUUGGAUGAUGCACAAUAAGACGGUGUACCCUCCAACUCCAUUCGGAGAGGAACAAAGACCAGCAUUUUUGUGUCACAUGAAGUCAAAUAUCAAGUACAGUCCUAAAAAAAUGUGGUAUGUGGCCUGCUUAGUACGUGGGCUUAGGAUCGAUGAUGCCAUCAAUCAACUAAAAUUUGUUCACAAGAAAGGAUCGGAGGCUGCUAGAGAGACCCUCGAAGAAGCUCGAGAAUUGGCUGUUAAAGAACAUAAUGUAGAGUUCCCAAGUAAACUUUGGGUCUCGGAAUCAUUUGUCGGCAAAGGAAUGGUAAUUAAAGGUAUACGCCGACAUGCACGACGCAGAUUUGGAAAAGUAGAAUACAAGUAUUGUCACUACUUUGUGACAUUAGAAGAAGGCGACCCACCAGAACAUUAUUACCCAUUCCGGAGACCUCUGACACCUCAGGAAAUGCUGCAGGAAUGGAUGGAGAAUCAACGACGUCGUACUAUAGUCAAUUCUCUGUAAUUCUGCUAUUUUAUAAAAGUACUGUACAUUAUUAUAUGCUGAAGUUAGAUUUAAUCAUUUGUCAUGUAAUAAAACAAUUUCCAUUGAACUACAUCAUAAACAGCCGAGUUGGGUUGUAUGCGGUACACAUGGGCCAGAAUUCGUCAAGCAGUUACACGUCUACUUGUGAAGCCUGUACAACUUUUCCCAAAUAUAAUGGCUUAGUUUGCAUUUAUGAAAUGGUUCGAGCUCUGAAGGUUGUCUAUAACAACAAUUACCUUGGGGUGUGAAGUUUCAAAGCUCAUAAACUACUUACUGUAAUUACAGACAAAGCUGCCAUGAUGAAGGAAGGGAGAGAGGGAAUUAUCAGGGGGAAUGCACCAAGCCAUUAAGACUGUACAGUAUAGCACUUGGAAGGGGUCAGGAUAAGGGAUGGGGGGUGAGGAAUGGUGCCCAACCCCUUGGACAGUUGGGGAUCGAACGCCGACCCGCAUGUAGCGAGACUGUCGCUCUAAUGUCCAGUCCAAGUGAUUGGGCGGAUGUACAGGUUUUGCAUGUGGAGGCACACACUUGCUUGAUGAAUCCUGUGCCCUUUGUGUGAAUUUGAGGGAAUGCAGCUUUAAUGCAGUUUGGCCAUUAAGAAAAGACACCCUUGACAACAUUUUGUUACACUAGGAUUUGGUUUUAAGAAAUUUAUACAAUAUGCAUUAGUAACAAUAAAUGCAUCCGAAUUUAGAUUACUGAAAGGCAUUCACUAGUGUUUAUGUAGUGUAUUUGUUAAUAAACAGUUUUGUUUGUAUAAAGUUUUGAAUUGUUUGUGCCUCCAAGUAUGAAAUAGGUCUUUGGAAGUACAGAUGUAUUUUUUUUUUUUUUUUUUUUUUUUACAUUGUUUGAUUCAGGUAUGCUCGAUUUUGUUGUCAAGUUCAUCUUUGGUUACAGGCCAUUGAUUACACAGGUGAAAGGUUAAUUUGCAAAAAAAGCCUCCAGAUUUUUAGCCUCUGCCAUUGCAUUGCUCUUCAACAAAUCACUUGAACUCCAAACCUUUCCGGAUAUUCUAAAAAAAGCGAGAGUAACCCCAGUCCACAAAUGUGGUGAUCCCACUGAUGUCAACAAUUACAGAUCUAUAUCAAUUCUGCCAACCUUGUCAAAAAUAUUUGAAGAGCUAAUUUACAAGCAGUUUUUCUCAUAUCUAGCCAAACUCAAUAUUCUUAGCUCUUGCCAAUAUGGUUUUAGACCCAAUAAAAGCACUAACGAUGCA